AUGCCCAGGUAACAUUUCAGCGCCCAUUAACUACUUUGCUUCAGCCGCAGUGAGGUCAAAGCCCUGCUGGAUGGCCUUGACGCCGACAAGUCGGGCACGGUGAGCACAAAAGAAUUCCUCACCGCCCUCCACGGAUCGGGAAUAAAGGAGGCCGAUGUGCAGGAGUUCAUUAAUCUGCAUGACAAGGACGGUGACGGCGAACUAAACAUCGACGAGCUCAUGCAAUUCCUCUGUCCCAAGUAGGGACCUUUUACGAUUUGAAAAGGAAAGGCAAUUAAACACAAUAUUAUACCAAACACUUAAUCCUUCUUGCUGUCCUAAGAGGACACAUUCGGGCCUUAUGUGGGCAUGUGAUCUCUGUACAUCUGAAAGACUCCUUGACAGUAUUCGUCUUGCAUAGCAGACAUUAUGUGCGAGUAGGCAGACAACGGAGGUUUAGUGUUAUUCGGCGCGUGGGCAAACUAUCGUCCUUCAAAAAAACCUUAUAUUUCAAUUGUCAUAUUUUUUAAGAAAGACUUUGUUCGACAAGCAUAAUUUAAGAUUCAAUCUAGAAAAGUUAUCUGUGAACUUACUCAUAAUACCCAGAUGAGAAACGUUUUCAUUAGUUGCUUUUCUGCCGGGAUAUUAUAAAAAACCUCGAUGAAACGAUACUUGUAGAAUAUGAGGUAGCAGUUAAUUACAGAAGAGGAAUAAAUGAUUUUGAAGGCAUAUCACGACCAUACAGAGGACGCGACAGCAAGUUAUUACUUUAAACGUUGUAAGUUUGUCAGAUCUAGAAGUCAGGCAUGUCAUCCGCUCAUCUACACAUAGUGAUAGUGGUUAUGGCACUUUUUGACAAGUUGAACUUCAUUAUCUGAAAAGUAGACAUCUUAUUUUGAUUAGAUUACAGCAAAUUUACUUGUUGUUUAAACACAAUCAAGUGGGAUAUGCUAUGCUUUUAAAUGGACACCGAUGCUCACUGUGACUAUCCGAACUGCGAACAAGAGGUACACUAAUAAGUAAAUCACUCAGAGGCAUAGUCCGGUAACAUCAGUGUAGUCAGCCGAUUUCCCCUUUGUCUUCGUACAGUUACUGGAAUUUUUUUUUAUCCUAAGUGAUAAAAACGCAUUUGCGGAACGAGGUUGGUUAUGCUAUAUGCCCACAGUUGCCCUGGUAGUGCUCGGUCCUUUGACCCCGUAACACCUUUAUACUCAUUACGUGAUUUACCAUACUGACAGUACAGGUGCUGGCUAAGGACUCAGACACGUGUAUCGCCAAUAUUCUUCUGCUGGAUGACGCAGCUGCGAGGGGUUUGGCCCAUCAUUGGGUCCACAGCGUUCUCUGUAUGUUUUCUGGUAUACACUUUAGUUGUAAAAUUUGAGAUUUUUAGUUCCCUUACUUGUACUUCCUCCAUGCCUAAUUUUUAAUGAUUGGAUGGCACCAUAUUGUGAUAUUUAAACACUACCACUGCUUACCUUGUCUACCGGAAGUAAUUCAGGCUUCCAUGUAUUUUCACAAUCUGGCUUUCGUGUUAGGCUGCGGCAAGUGCUAGCGGCAAACUCGGGCAGUCUUCGUCAACACCAACUCAUUUGACGGUAGGACACGGGAAUAGAAACUUUCCCCCUAUUAUACAGGCGCCCAUGCCCAAGGGUACCUAUCCCUCUGUUCUGAUCCUAACACUAAGCCUAACCUUAUCUUAGCCUCAACCUUAACCCUAUCUCCAUUGGAAUUUAGCAUAAAGCCGGCUGUACUAGAGGGACGAGGAGUUUCCAUUUCCGUGCUCAACCCGUUUGACCCUUCGCUGAAUAGAGGCUUGCUUCAAAACGCCUAGGACAAUAAGUCUUUCGAAGCAUUUUUUUCCCGGGUAUGAAUUGAAAACAAGCAUGUACAGCAGAAUUUAUUGGAGCCAAUAAAUUUCGUGACGGCUUUUCAACUGCAGCCUGUCUCUGCAUAACAUAGGUAACGAAUGAAAGCGCACAGCAAUAUGAAUUUGGACGAAAUGUCUCCCUCUUUCCUAUAUGAUGCUUAGGUGGACGUCUUAUCUGAUUAUUCAUUGCCUUGAACCUUGACCUUGCUCUUAUGCACUGCCAUUUUGUACAAAUUCAUACUGCUGUGCGCUUUCAUUCGUUUCCUAUGUUAUGCAGAGACGGGCUGUCGUUGAAAAGCCGGCACGAAAUUUAUUGGCCCUAAUAAAUUCUGCUGUACAUGCCUGUUUUCAAUAAGUUUUUCGUUGCCAUGCCUCAGGGAAGCAGACAUUUUACAAUCACUGGUGGUUCUCUUAAAUACAAUGCUUGACCGAUCUCAUGAAAUUUUAGCCGAAAUUCUGAAAUGCGUUUUCGAUUAGGAAGGAUUACUUAGGUGAGGUUUUAAUAUUGAUUAGCAUGCAGCAUAAUCCUAUAGCAUCUCGGACUCUAUAGGAGGUUGUCGUUUGGAUGCCCAACUUUUUGACCUCCUGUAAAAACCAUACUCGUUAAAAAAUGACUACUUAAUUAGCGUGCAUUUUCCCAUCGAUUUUCGAUGGUCUUAUAAAUUCAAAUAUAGCUUAUAGAUAAUAUGCCCAAAAUAUACCUUUUUUACUCAUUUGGUAGAAAAUCACAUUGACUUUAUAUUUUAAACUCGAAGAAAGUGUACAUUUAGGUUUUAAAAGUUUCUAAUUAAAAGUUUCUUACGACCGUGCGAUGUCCAUGCAUACAGGACCGCACAUGUCCGUUUAAUAAUGCUCCUUGCGAAAUUUUACGAACUCUAAGAUGUAAGUUUCAUCAUUAAAAAGAAGCUGGGGAUGUGCAGCAGCAUCAUCUUUUACUGUAUACUUUUUAAAAAACAAUUUGUAUACCACUUUUGAUGCAAAAAAUAAGAGUCAAUACUACGAGAGUCCCGGUAGCUGAACCCUAGAUACUGGAGAUAAUGUAACUAACGAAAUAUGGGAAAAUUCAAGAAGAAUUUCUGAUAAAUCGGGAACAGUCAAACAUGCAUUGACCAAAGCUCUCCGUUGGGCAGAAUGGCCUUUAGUUAAAGGACAUUGCAAAUGAAGUACUAAAUUGAUCGAUAAUGCAAUCUUUUCAAGGAAAGUGGAAACGCUGAACGAUCGAAUGCACAAGUUAAAUAAGUGUAAAUUCCUUUCGUGCAAAUCACCGAGCAGAUAAAACUGUAUAAGCAAAACAACCUUCAAAAACCUUUCCGGAUGUUUGCCAGGUAAAUAUUUUCCAAAAAUUUUUGCAGCGGUCGGCAUGGCAGUUAGUCAUCUGCUUGAUAUUUGAUGAUGGUGAUUCAAGAAUUGGAUAUUUUUCCUCGGUUUUGCAUCGAAAAAAUGCAGUUACUCGUAGGGAAAAGGACUAAGUUUGAUUCCGCAAGGAAGGUCAGGGUUACAUGUCGAGGGACGUUCAGAAUAAAUAGUAUAUGUCUAAAAAUUAGCAAAAAGGAAGAAUAGAAAGGAAUUUCCGGUGGUGUUAUUGCUACUUUCUAAUGUAAAUGAGACACGUAAUUGCAAAUUUAAUUUGGAAAUGUAGAAAACACCUGCCUUUCUGAGACGAAUAUGUUUCUGCACAUCUUGCAUCAUCAAGUGACUAGAAAAAAUCAAUCUUCAGGCUUCCAGCGGUAAAGUAAAUCUUUAUAGUUUGAGUUAUGCUUCUUAAUAGCGAACUACGUAUUCACGUGCAACUGCUGUUAGACCAGCUAUUAGUGUAGAAGAUUGACUGAAUGUUAACUAACACUGAGCUCCGCCCAAAAUUUCAAGCAUUAACGUCGAGAAAUUAAGUUAAGGACAUCUUCCGCAUGUGUAAAAGACUUUUGUGGUUUACAUCAGGUCAGAAAGUGAAAUGCGGAACGCUCAUGUGGAUUUCGGUCACGAUAUUUCAUGACCUACGUCACCUACUCUACAGGUAAUCGUUAUUGUCAGGAUCGUCUGUUUGCACGCCGUGAGAUCUUACGAAGCAAGAGUUGACACAGUUGCCGAACCAAACCAUCAGAAGAUUACUAGAGUUGCGGUUUAGGGGAACUAUGAGUCAGUAUCGGUAUAUAUGGCGACGGUGACCUCUAAGGGACCUCACUACUCCACACUUCAUAAUGCCAACGCUGAUCACUCUUCUGGUACAAUGAAAGAAGAAAAUUUUAUCAAGUAGAAGACAAAUGCAGUUGUUUUUUGAAUAAAACUGUAGACCUGACUAGUCGUUCAUCUCCCGCCAACCGCUAGAAACCAAUCUCACUGGAAAUGUCGAUAUCUCCAAGCUACGUCACAAGGGGACAUUAUUUAUGAUAAUUUUAUCCACUUUUCGUUGCUUUUUUGCCACGAAACAGCUUAGAAGGUCUCAAUACCCUGAUCUGCGAUGGAAGAUAAAGUUGUUCAUUUCUGUUCUACAGAACAAAUAGAUCUGCACACGUCAAUCCCAAGCUACUGAAAAUCCCCGAUCUUAAACAACCGAGCGAGCACGGUAGAUGAGGUGGUGAGAUCGUUGUACUCAUAUGGUAUACGCACGCUGCCCUCGAGUCCGCAUCUCGAAUGGGUCAGAGUCUGGGGUUGAAUUAGUAUUGGCUGAUUACUGCCGGCAAGUCAGAAAUGCACGUUCUGGUACCCUUGACCGUGCUCAGCAACAUUUUUCGACUGCCCAGGUCAUUAGAUCUAACACCAACCAUGUUCUGUUUAUGGGCUGAGGACAGUCAUGCGUAAACAGGCUGAUAGAGUGAAACUAAUACGAGUCUCUACAUCCAGGGUGGCAAGGUGCACUAAAUGACUGACAAGGGGUUUUGAUCACCCACAGCACCGUUUGUCCAGGCGUGUGAAGGCCACUCAAAAAAGUUCCGAGUUGCUUACCUUAUUGGGGCUGUAACACUGGCAUUCGGUAAGAACACAGGAUUCAUAAACAUGAAUCAGUCUUUUUAAUGAACUCUGAAUGACAAGAGUACUCUCAGUAUCGCUGAGAGUAUAGCGGUUAAUUUGAAAGCACUGACUAUCAGAAAUGUUUUUUUUUGAAGCAUUAACGGCGUUGACUUUCAGAAGUUAAAUCUGCAGGCUUCCGAUGAAAUUUAAAUUGACACGACCAUCUUACCUAUUUAAUUGGUGCUAAUGCUAUGUCAUGUGAAAACCGAAAUAAUUGUGCUGUUUUUAUAAAAACAGUAUGUUCUUUCUCCUUACCCUCCUCUCCGCAGUUUAUAA